AUGGCCGGUCUACUGGGAGGAGGUGACGUCAAUGAGGUGCUCCUUGGAUUGCUCGAUGGUCACGAAGGGAAGAAAGACAGCAAGAACCAUCCUCGGCUGUUGACCACCACCCAAAAAUCAAUGGAACCCGCCCAAGCUAGCACCCCACCUUCAUCGAUCGUCGUCUCCUAUCACACUUCACCCUCGCCCGACGUCUGGGGACGCAUACAGGCCGACCUCCAUCGUCAACUACCACUCAAGAACCUCCACUGGAAACCUAAGAAUCGACCACUCAGAGUCAUCCCUUCUGUCCCGAUAUCAUUUCAAGCUUUCGAUUCCACUCAACCGGCAUCCUCCGCUUCACCCCCCUUCGUUUACCUGCUUUUCGUGGCUUGUGAUGACCACGAGGCAUACAAAACCAUCAUCAAGCAAGAAAUUCGAACCUGGUUAGAUUCCGUCCAAUCCAACCAUUCAGAAUGGCUCUUAGUCCACGUAUCUACCGCACCCAAACAUAAUCAAUCCACCGCUGGAAUCUUCCGUACCAAGGCUGGGGUGUUAGACAAAUUGAAGGCGGAUUUCAAUCCACAAAAAACGGAAAGAUGUAUUCAACUAUCAUACAUGAGCACGAUGGAUUCAAUCGUCCAGGCUAGUGUGCACGACUCGUCUACCCAAUGGACAGAACUAAUCACCAGGCUCAAACAAUCUUUACUCUUGGUCUUUGAAUUCAAAAUCAACGAAAUGGAGGAAUCCUUACGGACGAUGGUUUCUACGAGAAGUCGACAGGGCUGGGAUUUUCAAUCUUUUUUUAUCCAAAAAGCCCAGUUAGCAAAUCAGUUUGAGAUGAUGAAUCUGUUCGAGGAUGGUUUGAUCCAGUACGAUGAACUAGAUGCAGCAUUCUCACAAUCACUCUCAGAUUGCCCACAAAUUUGGCACGAUAAGAUAUGCGGAAAAAGCUCGAGUCAAUAUUCCAGACUGGCUCUCAAAACUGAUGCCUCGAAGGAGUAUCUCGAGGUGGUCAAGGCAGGAAAAAUGUCGAUUUUCGACUUGAGGAUCUACGUGUUUUCUAAACAAAUAAACUUGUUGGGUAGACUGAGUCGAUUAGACGAGGCGAUCAAGAGAGCAUCGGUGUUCAUCUCGACCUUUGCAGCUUUUCUCAGAUCCCAUGAGCAUAAAUGGCCGGCCAACUACAUAGAGUCUUGGGUUUAUUGUGCUUGUAAUGAAUUAGUUGAAUGGUGCGAAGAACGGAUUACUCCAGGUAACAAAGAUACCACAACCUUAGACAGCUUGAGAUGUUGUGCCCAACUUCUCGAACUGGCCCACUCUCAGCUCGACCGAAUCGGGAUCGAGGUUGGCCAUCUUCCAGCGAUACAUCCUUUUAACAUGUCAUUGGGUCAACCGCAAGAAGCCAACUCUGACCAAGCGAGAUCCAAUUUAUCACCUGCAAUUACAUCGCCAGCGAAUCUGAUAGAUUCCCUUAAAGACUCGAAGAAGUUCGAAAAAGUUUACCUUGAUCUAGCUCGGCGGACGAUAAACCUCUAUCAAUCCACCGGUCGACGCCGUUCGGCUCUGAAGCUCCACUGCAAAACCGCGGCAUUUGAGCAGACCCAAGCGCGUUCAGAAUCUGCCCAUCGACUAUACUCUCAUUUGCCGGCCCAUUACGUUGAUGAUAAAUGGACGACAAUCGAGUCGAGCCUGUUGGAUCGAUGCGCAAGCCUACAGAAAGAGCUGGGAUUGUCAAGAGAAUGGUUGCUUAGUACUUUAGCACUGGUCCGUUCAGGGGUCACCUACGAGCCGGGAAAAUGGUCACAAGAUGUCAUGCUCCGAUCGGCGACUGCUUCUCAACUUGACAAUGCAGAUCCCGUCGACCAAUCUGCUCUGGCCAGUAAACUCAUGCAAGAUAUCAGGGAACAGUCUCUGAAACUCGAGAAAGACUUUGCUGCUAUAGGCUUUCCCAUCUUCUCAAUCACGCUAAACUCCUCUGUUGGUCGGCUCUCUGAAACUUUUGAAGGAUCAGUCGUUAAAGCAAAAAUCACCAAUGUUUUACCAUGUCCGAUUCAAGUUGAAGCGGUUCGAAUGAAAUUCUCAGGUAGGAAAUCUGAGACAUUAUGGUUCACUGCUCGAGCUUCUCAAUUGUUACCUGGCCAAACGACGAUCGAUUUGUUUUGUGCAACGCCUGUUGCCGAAAUUUUGGUGCUAGAUGUCUCGCAAAUUCGGAUCAGUAGGAUCUUGUUUCAAUAUUAUCAUCGCCCGCAAGGAUCUCAGAAUGAAAAAACUCUUGACCAAGAGGCUUUAGAGAUUGUUUCAUUUCCUAAAGACCUACUGGGCUUAGAUGUCAAGCUUGAACUACCUCCCGAUAUUCAUUUGGGAGAAGCUAGGAAAUGCCUUCUAAGCUUAUUCAGCGGUAGAAAACAUUUGUCGCAUGCUGCGAUUUCUAUUUCUUCAGACUCGGACAUCAGGUUCGAAUUCGAUGAUUCCAGCCUUUGCGUUCAUCCUAAUACUCAGGUUAAAAUGGUCAACGACUCUGGGAAAAAGAUUACCAUUGAAACAAUUCAGCCAGAGUCGACCGUUUGCUUGCUGAUACCUUUCCGUACAUCGACAGCUCAACCACUCGUCGAGGUCAAUAUAAUCGUUGACUAUCGACUCAGUGACGAUCCGAGUGUCAAGCGGACCUUUCGAAAGUCAUCCAGGCUCAAGAUCGCCCAGCCCAUCGAGGUCAAAAUUCGUGAGAUCUUUCGACCCAAUUGGGUGUUUACUAAGGUCACACUGGCUACCCAUCGUGGUUAUCCAUUGAGGAUCGCGAGCGCUCGUCUGGAACUCGACGAGGAAACAUCGGCUUCCCAGUCACUGCUCUCGAUAUCACCCGCUUGUGGAAAAAGCACAUCAAUUGUUAUCCUUCCCUCUCAAACUUCAGAUCAUAUCUUUAAGAUUAUCCCAGGCGCCAUCUCCGCUACUUCUUCUCCUUCUGACAGCAACUUCUCCCAGGUCAUUGAUUCUUCUCGGCUGAAAUUGGUCGUUAAGUAUCGGCUAAUUAUUGAUGAAAUUGCAGAAUGUUUAAGAACUCGAUUGAUGAACGGCUUGGAAGAAGAUCAGAAAAAGGCGAUUGAUUUUUUAGUCAAACAUGUCAAAGACAUCAUGGCGAACGAAGUGGAUUAUGAUGAGCAAUUCUAUUCAACAUAUCUUUAUGAUCACGUCUUGCAUUCGGGGAUCCUAAUGAAGAAGGUGGACUGGAGUCUGGUCUGUGAGCGGAUCGAGAAAGACCAAGCUAAGAAGAGCCAAUUGGUCGAUCGAAUCUGCGCGGUCAUUCAGGACCCCUCUCCUGUCAUUUGUCCCCUUGAUAUGCCUUGGCAAAGCAUCACUCAUCCAUUUAAUUUAUCGAAAUCAGUCAUCUUGACAACGAUUGAAUAUCAACGAGUGUCAGGAGAAGAAGGACAAGUGGGACAAGUGGGCAGACCGAUGCCAAUCGAUAUGCGUAUCUCGACCUCGUUCAAGUGGACUAAUCUGGCACCAAAUAGUCCGCCUGUUGGCUUGGUUUAUGAACUCGUUGGUUCAGAGGAUCAGUGGUUGGUCGGAGGCCGUAAACGAGGAACAUUCUUUGCUAGGGACGAUUCGAUCGAAGAGAUCACUUUGAUCCUGAUCCCAUUGAGGCCAGGUUACUUAAACCUCCCGCGUGUGACAAUCAAGUUAACCGAGACAAAGGACGGCGGAUCGAUCAGACCUACGACGCCCGCAACCUCCGCACCCACCACAAUCAACAAUCCUGGAAUUGAGAGGAAAAAUAUGCAACAAGAUAUUGUCAUCCAGUCCUCUUAUUCUAACGCCCUUCAUCCCUUCUUGAUCGUUCCUUCUGCUGCUCCAUCCAAGUUCAUCAUUCCUCCUAUCCGCCCCUAUCCUACUCUCAAAAAUUUGACUUGAUACCCCUCACCCUUAUUAUCUGCUUGAUGAUAGUAUGCAUGGCACUCUUGUAUUUAUCUAGAAAAAUGGCUGUUUGUUCAAACCGGUUGGUAUUUUUUAUGUUUUAAAACCAUUCUCAUGUUUGAUCCAUAAUUACUUUAUCAUUAUUGUGGAUACGACUUUCCCCAGUCACAUACAUACAUAUUCUAAACUUUGUUUGGCAAAUUGGAUUCACAGAUUAACUUUUAAGAUUAUGACACAAAAAUGUUUCUGUAAAUGGGUUUUGUUUUGACAUAAAAAGUGUAUGGUUUUUCUAUUGGAGGAGAAAACAGUUUG